AUGACCACUUCAUCAGCUAUUAAAUCACAUCCUAAAGUUCUUAGACUUGGACGAGUCGAAUUUGCUCAUGCUAAAUGGGCUGAAGUUUCUAAGAUAGCUACAGUAAUUGAUUGUACUUCAAAAAACAGAGAAGAAUUCUUUGAAGAUUUAAAGGGUAAGUAUAAGGAUAUCACUAAUAUUAGUAGAACUUAUCAAUCGGUUGCUUAUACGGGAAAAUUCGAUGAAGAAUUAGCUUCUCAUCUUCCAUCUACUGUUAAAUCAAUUAGUCAUACUGGUGCUGGAUAUGAUCAAAUUGAUCCUGAACCUUUCACUAAACGUGGAAUUCAAGUUUCUAAUAUUACUGUACCAGUUGAAGGUCCAACUGCUGAUACUGCAGUAUUUUUAUUAUUGUCAACAUUAAGAAAUUUCCAAGAAGGUCAUGACUUAUUAGUCAAAGGACAAUGGCCAGGAAAAAAAGCUGCUGGAGCUAAAUUAGGACAAACUCCACAUUCAAAAGUGGUAGGAAUCUUAGGAAUGGGAGGUAUUGGUAGAUGUAUUAGAGAUAGAUUAGUACCAUUUGGAUUUAAGAAAAUCAUCUAUUAUAAUAGAAGUAGAUUAAGUAAAGAUUUAGAAAAGGAUAGUGAAUAUGUUUCAUUUGAAGAUUUAAUUGCCAAAAGUGAUAUCUUAGUAGUUAGUGUACCAUUAAAUCCAAAGACUAGACAUUUAAUUAAUGGUGAAGUUCUUGCCAACUUAAAACAAGGUUCAAUUAUUGUUAAUACUGCAAGAGGUGCAGUUAUUGAUGAACAAGCAUUAUUGGCAAGUUUAAAGUCUGGACAUAUUGGAGGCUUUGGAUCCGAUGUGUUUGAACAUGAACCACAAGUUCCUCAAGAAUUAUUGGAUUUACCCAAUGUCAUUAGUUUACCUCAUAUGGGUACUCAUGCGCUGGAUGCUAUUCAAUAUAUGGAAGAAUGGGUAGCUGAAAAUGUUGAAAGUUGUAUUUUGACAGGUAAAGUUAAGAGUAUAAUUCCAGAUCAGGCCAAUUUAGAGAUUUAG